GUCUUUCCAUUUCUAGAUCGGGCAGAAUUUGAAGCAAAGGUCAAUGAUCCACAUCUCAUUGACAUUCUGAAAACUGAUUCUACAUUCUGCGCUCUCUUUCAUGCCGUAAUGGCUCUGGGAUGCCAGUAUCAUGGAUGCGGCUCAUUUCAGCCCGGCGUUGGCAAAGCGUGGAGGCUUUUCCAAACAUCCCUUAAUUGCGUGGCUCGCAUCAUCAUUAGCCGAGACUCGUUGUCUAAACUUCAGGCUCUUAUUGCAAUGGCCAUCUUUGCCAUGAACGCGUGCUCCUUACAGAUUGACAAUUUUUUAUUAGCAGAAGCUAGCCGUACCGUUCUCGCACUUAGAUAUCAUAAAUCUUCCCUAAGCGGCGCCAACUCUGCUGUUUGCUACCGGGCAUUCUGGGUGGUUUACCACAUGGAAAAGCAAUACAACUUUCAAGCAAGAAGUAGUUCCGGCAUCGUCGAUCUUGAUAUCGGGUGUCAGAUUCCACCGGCUCCAGAAUCCGUUGUAAAUGGCUACAACUGGUUCGUAGCCUCGAUCCGCAUCAGUCGGAUAUUUUCCAUCACCUAUGAUUCGUUUUUUUCGGUGACGGCAUCCGCUCAAUCUGCCGAAUCCUUGCUUCCCGCUGUCAGUAAUAUCCAGAAACUAUUGGAUGACUGGCGGCAAUCCAUUCCUCCUGCCUACAGACCUCAUGAGUCUCUACAGAGAUCUGUCCUGGCCGAUCUGGGCAUAAGAGAGAUUGCCAUACGAACGCAUUUCUAUUACUUCCACCUUGUCAUCGCUCUUGAGCGAAUGAAGCUUCACCUCAGCUCAGACAGACAGACAACGGACGAUAGCCUCCGUACCCUGCUUAGAGCGGCGAGAACAGUGGUAGAACUGACUCGCUUCAUUGAUGUGGAGCCAUAUACACCCGUCUUCAUACUGGCAAUCAUGCCCCUGUCUGCUCUCUUCAUACUCUUCGAUUUUGUAAUUCACAACCCUGCUCAUCCAGACACACGGCAAAACCUGAUUUUGCUCGACAUUGUGUCUGGCCAUUUCAGUCUCCUCGAGCACGUGUCUGGCGGGGUAUUGCCCGGGAGCUAUCUCUCUCGCUUCGGGAAUAUAGCAAGACAAUACGCGGAGGAG